AUGUGGUCUGAUCCUGAAGAUAUUGAUACGUGGGCUGUAAGUCCACGAGGUGCUGGCUGGUUGUUUGGUGCAAAAGUGACAAAUGAGGUUAACGAUUUAAAUCUAAUAGCUCGGGCACAUCAAUUAGUACAAGAGGGUUAUAAAUAUAUGUUUCCUGAUGAUAAUCUAGUUACUGUAUGGUCCGCACCAAACUAUUGUUACCGUUGUGGUAAUGUAGCAUCUAUAAUGGCGAUUAAUGAAAAUUUACAAAUCGAUGAAAGCAGUUUUAAAAUUUUUAAUGCUGUUCCUGAUCAAGAAAGGUCAAUCCCACAGAGAGCUGGUGUGGGUCAAUAUUUUCUUUAA